UGAAAAUUGUAAAAUGGCGGACCAAAGUUUGGUGAGCUAGUGCAUACAAAAUUGUUAGAGGAAAACAUGUUUAAAAUGAAACUUUUGAAGAAAAAACUUUGUAAAUAGUUAACGAAUUAUAAAAACUUAGAUAUUUUAUGCUUUAUCGGCAAUAGUGACUUAUUCAUAUAUAAGAUUUCGAGUGUUUUUUGCUUAUGAAUAGACCUUGUCCACAUCUUCUGUAGCCAUAUUUAUGAAAUUUAUAUUGAAAAUAUUCCUGAUUUCUGCAAUUUCAAAUGAGAAAUGGGAUGGCUAAACAACAUGAGUUAACUACCAUCAAACAUGGAUCCAGUGGGGCCAUGGUAUGCCACUCCCUAUAACCGCCUUGCCAGUGUGCAAGCUGGAUCUGGAAGUGGAGAAUUGCAUCACCAUUUAGCAACAACGACUGCAGCAGGCGCUCCACCAACCACAACAGCCCAACUCCUGCCUGGUAGUUUUUUGUCACCACCCCCUGUUGGAUAUGAAUCAGUAUUUACUCCCCUUUUCCACCAUGCAAGUGCCAAACCUGCAGCUCAUUAUGUAUCCCAGGUUACUCAGCAAAGAGCACAAGCUUUGGCCCAAGCAGCUGCUACUAAGCAGUCUGGUGAUGGAGAGUUCCAUCCUCAAACUCAAGCCUUUUUUGAACAAGGUGCUGCAAGUGCCUGGCAGCAGAGCAGCCCCUUUGGUAUUUUACCCCAUGAAAGUGUUGUAGCCACUACUACCAGUAAAACUUAUGAAAACUUUAAUGCUCAUUUUGCAGCUGCCCAAAGUAUAAAUAACCACUUAAAUUCUCAAAUUGCCAAAUCAGGUAACAACAGGGCUCAAAGUCCACAGGUGUCAACACCUUCAACAAAAACAAAUGCAUCACAAGGCAAUCCAAGUAGUUUUUUUCAAGUCCCAUCUAGUAUAUCAGAUAAUGCAUCCAAUACAAGUAAGACAUUCUCCUCUGCCAAUACUUCUAAUAUACAACAAUCUUGUAUAGUAUCUUCACCUUCCACUACAGUUUCUAAGGAAUAUAGAGUUCCUCAGCCUCCUGCACGUACUACAUUUUUAACUUCUCCUAAUGCUUCCCGUACUACUAUUGAAAAGGCUUUUGCUUCACCACCUAGUAAACAACAGGCAUCACCUGUUCAACAGCAGAUUCAAACUAAGGCCCAGACAAAAAUUUAUUCAGAACUUGGCAGUCAACAAGAAAGACAAAGGCCAAGUAAUGAAGAAACACAAAGUCAAUCAUCUCCCAUCAGCUUCUCCAUUAUGGAUGCACCUGGCCGUUUAAACUAUACUGGUAGUAAUUCAUCUGGAAAGAGACCACCUCAGUUCCCGCACAAUUAUAGACAUUACCAGCAACAACAGCAACCACAAGGAAGUUCUAAUUCUGAAGAAUUUCAGAGGCCUAAAAGUGGCUCAGAUUACAACAAUUCUAAUGGACCUGAUUGCAAUGUUGUAGUCCCAAGAAGACCUAGUCCACUUCAAGCACAUUCCCAGGCAUCACCUCUAGGUCAUGCACAAAGUCCGGCUUAUCCGAUGUACAAUAGUCCAAUGAACUCAAUCUCAUCGCCUCAGCAAAGUUCUAGCAAUCAAGUAGCUCCUCCGUCGCCACUUGACGUUUCUGUACCUAGGCCUAGCUCUCAAACUAGCAACGUAGCUUACCCUUCUGUUAUAACUAGAGCAUUAAACCAUGAGAAGUCGUUUCCUGAAAGGUAUGAACGACCAAACCAUAACAACCAGCAGAAUCAAAAUUGUUGGGAUGAAAGACAGGGCCAAAGAAAAUUUCAGAACAAUCAAUCAGGGUCCCAAUCUAGUACUACCUACAGUUCAAACAACAACAUAGAAAUGAAUAGGAGUGAACCAAAUCAACAGCAGCAGCAGCAACAGCAACGGGUGGUUCUGGGAGUGGCCGAACGACAGCAGACUUAUUUUGAUUCAAACAGUGGUCACCAAGUGACGUUACAGGAUCUGUCAAGCUGUAGGGGAGAUCCUAUGAGUAUAGUAAAGAAUCUACAGCAGCAGCAGCAGAGCUGUCAGGUGCAACAAAAUGAGAUUAAAACAGAAGCGAAGCCUCCAAAAAGGAGGAAGAGCAGUGAUAAGCCGAUUGCUGAUAUGCAUCCAUUACCAAGUCGAAUUCCUCCGCCUGCCCACAGUUCCGCGACGAAUCAGCCUCAACAAAAUGGUGCCUAUUUUGACUUUGAUAGAUGGAAUCUCCCGCCCCCUACUUCCAAAUUUCUUACCACCCAAUCACUACAUCAGCAACAUCAAGGUCUGAUGGUACCGCAUCCUCAUGGCCAUCAUCCACCUCCUCCUUUACCCUAUUUUGCCCCUUUCCAUUUACCUCCUCAUCCCACUGAAUAUGCAUCCACCGUAGAGUUAACUCCUUUGACAAAUUAUAAUGAACAAUCACCACAGGCUUCCAAUCAAUACCAACCUCAACCAGAGGAACAUCCUAAAGUGGUGGUGCCAAAUAUUGAAGAGGAACUGAAUUUUCUUUCACAGGAUUCAACAAGAGUUCCAAAUAAUCAGCACCAGCACGUACCUCCUCAAAAACCUUCCCUGGCGAUGAACUCGAAUAAACCGCCAGAAAAACCAGCAGGUGCUGGUUCGGGCUUCAUGAGUAGCUACCUUAAGUUUCUGCAGGGCGAAAGAGAUACCUCUCCACCGCCUGCGAUGCGCGGAGCCAACAGGAAACAAACGUGGCCUAGAGCUCCUAUGAAGGGCAUGGAAGACAAAUCUCCCGACAGUAAUGGUGUACCUUCCGCUUCUUCAAACCCGCCUCCACCUGUGCCUGUCACUGUACCUCCCUUGCCUACACCUGUCGCUAGACUAUCGUCUCAAGGUGAUCCCCAAGAUGAUCCGAGAUACUUCCCUUUACCUAAGGAACGAAAACGCAACAGUUUUGACAGCUCGGAUGACGGCUUCAGUUCUGACGAUGAUUUCUUUGGCAAAAAGAAUAAACAGAAACCUGCUCCUACGAAUACCGAGGUUAAAGACAAAGAAAAAGAAAAGGAAAAAGAAAAAAAGAAAGAAGAAAAAGAAAAGACAAAAAUACACAAACCUCAUUCUGACAAACCUAAAAAACCGAAAACAGACAAACCUCCCAAACCUGAAAAAGAGAAAAAGCAUAAAGAUAAAAAGGAUAAGGAUAAGAAAAGAGAUAAAGACUCUUUAGAAGAUGUGCCGCGAAGAGAAUCGACGAAACGCGCAGCAAAGAAAAAGAACAAUUUAGCGGAAGUUGGGAAAGACGACGAGCCCGAAGAACCUCCAGAGUUCCAGGAUUCUGAUUCGGAUCCAGCGUGGACUCCAGCCGCUAAUAAUGAUGAAGAGGAAGCGGUAGUCGUUAAAAAGAACAGACGAGGGAGACCAUUGGGCAGCAAAUCUAAGAAAACACUCAAAAAUUUAAUAUCAGCGGCAGCUCAGGGAGCUGGUAUUAGCGACGGCGAUGAUUAUAGUAGUGAUCAUUCUCACAAAAAGAAACUCCACAAAAUCAAACAGCCGCAACAACCUCAGCAAAAUAUGGCGCCAACGUUGGAAGACAAUAUCGCCGCUUCAUUACAAAACAGUAUUCCGUCAGCAAAUGAUGAUGAGCCGUUUAAGGCCGGAGAUUUCGUAGUAAUUAAGGCUGAACUGAACGAAGAAUGGCCAGCCAUAUGGAGGGUUGAUGGCAAAACUCUUCUUCAAAAAUAUGAACCGUUCGAACAAAACGGUGUUACUUUAUAUAGGAAUAUAUCGACGUAUACAUCUUGGACGCCAGAAAGCAAAAAGCAAUAUAUGGUAGUUCCAGUGAAGUUAAUAUCGACGGGCCAGCUAGAAGUUAUUGUAGAGUUUUUGAAACAUGAGAUGAAUAUAGUUGAUUUUGAAUAUCAAGAUCAAUGCAUGAAGCAAUUCGAAUCUUACCAAGACAAUUUUGAGGUGUAUAUCCAGACAUUGAUUUCUCAGGCAUUGGAUAGUAAUUUCCUGAUGGAAAUUUUCCAUGAAAAGGACGAUUACUUCCUUUCGAAUGUUCAAACGAUCGACGAUAUCACGGAUAGCAAAAAGCAGAAAUUCUUCAAUCUCUUAAGGUGGCCCGCCAAUGUUCAAGCAGCUAUCUGUACGUGGCCAUGUUACAACGUUCUUCGCGAAGUGUCGAUGUCGGAUUCCCAGUCGAAGUCUUGCGCAGCGUGCAACAGAAUCGGGGUUUCAGUGAGGGUCUUGAUGUACGGCCAGCCAUACAAUUCAACGACACUGGAGGGCUGUCCGCCCGAUCCUAAUGCCAUAAAUGAGAAGGACUUCUUAAUGUGUAGAUUAUGUGUAACCCAAGUGGAACUUUUGAACAAAGUGACUCAUCAAAAGUAUCUUAUGUAUAUAGAAUGUGCAAAACGUGUUAGUGAAAAACGGACUAAUGAUGCGACUAAAGAUACUACAUGUAUAUUAAACGAGCUACUGGCUGACGAGUCUUGGCUGAAUCAGUUGUUCUUGGAAGUGCGAACGUCUUGGGCGGAAAUAGACAGCAUAGACUAUAGUUUUAGAACAAAAAAUUCAGUGCAUUCACAGUGAUUCAAGAAUUGAAUGAUUAAUUAUAAGUCGUAAUUUAAAUCAAAAUGUGUAUAUUUGAUGAGAGUUUAUAUGAAUAAUAAUAUUAAAUUGUAAUUAAUUAGUAAUAGCGAUCGAUAUUCAUAAUAUUUGAAUAAGUACGUAAUCUGUUUUUUAUGGUUAUUUACCAUGGCAUGCUGUGCAUUUUUUAUUUCAGUGCUCUAACGUUUUUUAAAAAGUGAUAUUGUAUUAUUUGUUAAUUUUUAUUUUGUAAAUUUCAGCAUUGGUUAUUUAUAACGAGCACACAAACUCAUUAAUAAAUGAAUAUUAUCA